ACCUUCUUUUUUCACUUCAAUAAUACUACAAAGAGGACAAUCAAACAUGACAACGGCAGCAGUGUUCGGUUGUACAGGAGCAGUUGGCUCUCAAAUCCUCGCCUCUCUUCUCAACGCCGAUGGAUUUUCGUCCAUCAAGACUAUAUCGAGAAGACUCCCAUCCGUGCAGUCCCCCAAACUACAAGCUAUUGAAGAAGGCGAUACCUCAAAAUGGAGCGGAAUGAUUGCAUCUUUGUCUCCCAAGCCGAAAUUAGUGUUCAAUGCAGUUGGUACCACCAAAGCGGCUGCUGGGGGAAUUGAAAACCAGUGGAAAAUCGAUCAUGAUCUGUGCAUAGAGAAUGCUCGGGCGGCCAAGGAGGCUGGAGUUAAGACAUAUGUUUUUAUCUCUAGUGCUGGUACUAGGGGCUUUCUAACGGGUUAUGUGCCAUAUUCGAAGAUGAAAGUUGGGGUGGAGGAUGCUAUCAAAGAGCUUGACUUUGAGCAAGCUAUCAUACUCCGGCCGGGUAUGAUCCUUGGUCGGGAGAAACCCAAAGCUCCCUUGUUUGAGAAAGUAGUGGAAAACCUUAACAGGAUAGGACAAGGUAUUCAAGAUCGAUUGGGCCAGGAUCAAACCGUUAUUGGUAGAGCAGCCGUGGCAGCCGCUCGUAUUGCAGAGGAGGGCAAGGCUCCUUCAAGAUACUGGGUAGUAGAAAUGGGUGAUAUUAUCAAGUUGGGAAGAGAUGAGUGGAAGGAGUAAGCUGCUAUUGCACAUCCAUGGAUGUUACAUACCUGUACCAUAUAUAAGGACCUGAGCAGCGAAGGAUACCUAAGUAGAUGAUAAAUACUUUCAAUUGACCAUAAGCUAGACACCACG